AUGACUUUGGUUGGCGUAUUGAUAUCAGGACAACUGGUCGAAUAUAUGGGACGCCGACCGCUUCUACUCAUCACCUUUGGUGGUCUUUCUGUUGUGAAUAUUCUGAUACCUGGGUUCAUGGCCUUGUUCUACCAUAAUCAUGCGGAGUGGGUUGGAUGGUGCGUAGUGGUGUGCAUCUGUUCCUUCAACUUGAUGUUUGCCGGCGGUCCUGGAGCUCUGUGCUUUUUUGUGCCUGGCGAAAUUGUCAGCCAUAGAUCUCGUUCAGCCAUGUACACUUGGCUGAAUAUCGUUUUGAAUGGACUUCGCUCUAUCUCUCUUGUCAUAUACUUACCUGUUCAACACCGACUUGGUUUGGUUUUAUCCUACUUCCUGAUGUUCUUUCCUCCUACCGCAGCGAUCACACUGAUCUGCUACUUAUAUCUACCUGAGACCACAGGAUUGAGUCCGGAACAGGCACGAAUUGCGAUGCAUGAACUUCCUGGAUUCUGCGGCAAACGCGCAGUAGAAACUGCCAAAGAAGCUGAUGAAGACGACAAUCCGUACAGACUUCCUUCUGGCUGCUCCUUAUUGAUUUAA